AUGAGAUUCAAGUUAGAGAAAAGUAACAAAGACUUAACUGAUUCCAUUGAGAAAAGAAUCACCAAAGUACUCAGAGAUCUUCUGAAAAAGAAGAUGAUCGAUAACUCUACUUACAAUAAUCUACGACCUCGUGGGUCUCGUUUGCCCCACAUGUAUGGAUUACCGAAAAUACAUAAACAAGGUUAUCCUCUUAGACCUAUUUUGUCAAUGAUCAAUUCACCAUACCACAAAGUUGCACGAUGGUUGGCAGAUAAGUUAGAACCAGUGCGUCAACGAUUAGCCACCUAUACACUAAAGGAUUCAUUUGUAUUUGCUGAUAGCAUGAAUCACAUAAAUAUUGCCGGUAAGUUUAUGGUUUCUUUUGAUGUAACAUCUUUGUUUACAAAAAUACCACUUCUUGAGACCAUAGACAUAAUUUGUCAACAUUCUGACAUCCUACCUCUACCAGUACCAGAAUUCAAACGACUAUUACUCAUUUGUACAAAAGAUGUUCAGUUCGAGUUCAACGAUAUCAUAUACAAACAAAUCGAUGGUGUAGCGAUGGGAAGUCCGUUAGGUCCUGUCCUAGCAGAUAUUUUCAUGGCUAACCUCGAAAGAACCAAACUCAAACGAGCGAUUGAUGAAAUGACGUAUUAUUCGAGAUAUGUUGAUGAUACCUUCAUCGUAUGUAAUAAUAAACAACAUGCAAUAAAUCUGCUAGUUUUUCAACGAAGCACAUCCGAAUAUCCAUUUCACCAUGGAACAUGAAAAAGAAAACAAGUUCCAUUUUCUCGAUAUCGCGAUGAAAAGAAGAAAAGAUGGUACAGUUCAACGUUCAGUUUAUAAGAAAGACACAUGGAAUGGUAGUUAUCUUAAUUUCAAUAGCUUUUGUCCAAUCAGUUACAAAAAGGCACUGGUCAAAACACUGU